AGGUUACGCCCACUAACACAAAGUUUGAGCACUUUCCUAGAUCCUUUGCCCCCUCCAUUCAUUAGAGGGGGCAAAAAUGUUCCUGUGGCUAAAUUUGGUGUCCUUUCUAGUGGUCCUCAGAGGUGUCAAAUCUGAGGUCCUGUUGGUGGAGUCUGGAGGGGAUGUGAAAAGACCUGGGGGGUCCCUCCAUCUCUCCUGCCAAGCCUCUGGAUUCACCUUCAGCAGCUUUGCUAUGAGCUGGGUGAGACAGGCUCCAGGAAAAGGACUGGAAUGGGUGGUAUACAUAAACUCCGGUUCGUCUAGUAUUUAUUACUCAGACAAAGUGAAGGGACGCUUCACCGUCUUCAGGGAUAAUGCCAAAAGCCAGCUGUAUCUGCAAGUGAACAAUCUCAAACCUGAAGACACGGCAGUCUAUUACUGCACAAGAGACACAGUGAGAGGAACUCAACUCGCUGAAACUCCUAUCAUUUUAGAUGUCCAAUCUGCAGUCAAGCUACUAGAGUCUGAAGGGGACAGGAGAAGAUCUGGAGACUCCAUCAGCCACUCCUGCCAAGCCUCUGGAUUCAACUUUGGUGUCUUCAACAUGUUCUGGAGAGAACAAAACACAAAAAUGAUCCUGUGGUUAAAUUUGGUGUCCUUCCUAGCAAUCCUCAGAGGUGUCAAAUCUGAGGUCCAGUUGGUGGAGUCUGGAGGGGACGUGAGAAGACCUGGAGGGUCCCUCCAUCUCACCUGCCAAGCCUCUGGAUUCACCUUCAGCAGCUAUGCUAUGAGCUGGGUGAGACAGGCUCCAGAGAAAGGACUGGAAUGGGUGGCAUAUAUAAGCUCUGGUUCGUCUACUAUUUACUACUCAGACAAAGUGAAGGGACGCUUCACCAUCUCCAGGGACAAUGCCAAAAGCCAGCUGUAUCUGCAAAUGAACAGCCUCACAGCUGAAGACACGGCCAUCUAUUACUGUGCAAGAGACACAGUGAGAGGAAGUGAAUCUGAAGCUUGGCAAAAACCAGCCAUUCUUCACAGCAGUUCCACAAAUCUUUUCAACCUCAGAAUAGGGCUGCUUUUCCAAUUGAAGUGUGGUGGUGGGGGGAAAUGA